CUGAACAUGGGCUUCAGGGACAGGCCCAAUCUGGAGCUGCUGAGGGCCCUGGGGGAGCUACAGCAGCGCUGUGCCAUCCUUAAGGAGGAAAACCAGAUGCUGAGAAAAAGCAGUUUCCCCGAGACGGAGGAGAAGGUGCGGAGGCUGAAGCGGAAGAAUGCCGAGCUGGCAGUCAUUGCCAAGCGUCUGGAGGAGAGGGCCCGGAAGCUGCAGGAAACCAACCUGAGGGUGGUGAAUGCCCCUUUGCCCCGACCUGGGGCCAGCCUGCAGUUGUGCCAGAAAGCCCUAGCCCGCCAGCGCGCCCAGGACCUCAGUGAGACAGCCAGUGCCCUGCUGGCCAAGGACAAGCAGAUUGCCGCCUUGCAGAGGGAGUGCAGGGAGCUGCAGGCCAGGCUCACUUUAGUGGGCAAGGAGGGUCCCCAGUGGCUUCACGUGCGGGACUUCGACCGGCUGCUGCGUGAGUCCCAGCGGGAGGUGCUGCGGCUGCAGAGACAAAUCGCCCUGCGCAACCAGCAGGAGCCGCCCCCACCGGCCCGGCCCCCAGGCUCCACGGCCAGAGCAGGGGCUCCGGCCCCGGGAGCCCCGGGAGAGGCCACGCUCCAGGAGGAUGUGGACAGUCCACCUGGGAUCCUAGAGGAGCCAGAGAAACAGCAGAAGGUGCAGCAGCUUGAGUCUGAGCUGAGCAAGAAGCGGAAGAAAUGUGAGAGCCUGGAGCAGGAAGCCCGGAAAAAGCAGAGGCGAUGUGAAGAGUUGGAACUGCAGCUAAGAGAAGCCCAGAAUGAGAAUGCACGCCUCGUGGAGGAGAACUCCCGGCUCAGUGGGAGAGCCACACAGAAGGAGCAGGUGGAGUGGGAGAAUGCAGAGCUGAGAGGCCGGCUUCUAGGGUUGACGCAGGAGAGGGACUCAGCCCUUCGGAAGAGCCAGGGCCUGCAGAGCAAGCUGGAGAGCCUGGAGCAGGUGCUGAAGCAUAUGCGGGAAGUGGCCCAGCGGCGGCAGCAGCUGGAGGUGGAGCAUGAGCAGGCCCGGCUCAGCCUGCGGGAGAAGCAGGAGGAGGUCAGGAGGCUGCAGCAGGCACAGGCAGAAGCCAAGAGGGAACAUGAAGGGGCAGUGCAACUGCUGGAGUCUACCUUGGAUUCGAUGCAGGCCAGGGUUCGAGAGCUUGAGGGACAGUGCCGUAGCCAAACUGAGCGAUUCAGCCUCCUGGCACAAGAGCUCCAGGCCUUCCGUCUUCAUCCAGGCCCCCUGGAUCUACUCACUUCUGCCCUGGGCUGCAGUGCCCUUGGGGACCACCCACCACCCUCCUGCUGCUGCUCUACCCCCCAGCCUUGCCGGGGGUCCGGCCCCAAAGACCUUGACCUUCCGCCGGGCUCCCUGGGGCGCUGCACUCCAAAGUCUUCCGAGCCUGCCCCUGCCACCCUUACUGGAGUCCCUCGAAGGACAGCUAAGAAGGCUGAGUCUCUCUCUAACUCCUCUCACUCUGAAUCCAUCCAUAACAGUCCCAAGUCAUGCCCUACACCAGAGGUGGAUACAGCCAGUGAGGUGGAGGAGCUGGAGGUAGAUAGUGUCUCCCUGGUUCCAGCAGCACCCGAGGGCAACCCGGGAGGAUCCAGGAUCCAGGUGUUCUUAGCACGCUAUAGCUAUAACCCCUUUGAGGGCCCCAAUGAGAAUCCCGAGGCAGAGCUUCCAUUGACAGCUGGCGAAUACAUCUACGUCUAUGGCAACAUGGACGAAGAUGGCUUUUUUGAAGGGGAGCUUAUGGAUGGCCGAAGGGGCCUGGUCCCUUCCAAUUUUGUAGAGCGUGUGUCAGAUGACGACCUCCUGACCUCCCUCCCUUCGGAGCUGGCCGAUUUGUCCCACAGCUCAGGCCCUGAACUCAGUUUCCUGAGCGGUGGUGGUGGUGGUGGUGGCAGCCAUAGUGGGGGCCAGAGCAGUGGGGGCCAUAGCCAGCCCAGACUGGAGGAGGAGGACGCAGGGGAUGCGCUCAGUCUGAGCCCCCCACCCGAGGGCCUGGGUGAGCCUCCUGCUGUGCCUUACCCCCGCCGUCUGGUGGUCCUCAAGCAGCUGGCCCACAGUGUGGUACUGGCCUGGGAGCUGCCCCCUGAGCGAGUAGACCUGCAGGGCUUCCAUAUCUGUGUGAACGGAGAGCCACGUCAGGUCCUGGGGCCUGGGGCGCCCCCCAAGGCUGUGCUUGAAAACUUGGACCUGCGGGCUGGACCCUUCCGUGUAUCUGUGCAGGCCCUGACCAGCAAGGGCAGCUCCGACCCACUGCGCUGUUGUUUGACUGUGGGUGCUCGGGCCGGGGUGGCACCUAGCCAGCUGCAGAUCCAUCGAUUGACAGCCACAUCUGCUGAGAUCACCUGGGUGCCCAGCAAUAGCAACUUGGCCCAUGCCAUCUACCUCAAUGGGGAAGAGUGUCCAUCUGCCCGCCCCAACACCUACUGGGCUACCUUCUGCCACCUGCGGCCUGGAACACUCUAUCAGGCCCGAGUGGAGGCUCAGCUCCCACCCCGAGGAUCCUGGGACCCAGGCUUGGAGAAGCCAGAGCAGCGGGCUGCCACCUUGCAGUUUACCACACUCCCAGCAGGCCCACCUGAUGCCCCCCUGGAUGUGCAGAUUGAACCUGGGCCCUCCCCUGGAAUCUUGAUCAUCAGUUGGCUUCCUGUCACCAUUGAUGCUGCUGGCACGUCCAAUGGUGUCCGGGUCACAGGUUAUGCCAUCUAUGCUGAUGGGCAGAAGAUCAUGGAGGUGGCCUCGCCCACAGCUGGCAGUGUGUUGGUGGAGUUGUCCCAGCUGCAGCUGCUCCAGGUGUGCCAAGAGGUGACUGUGCGCACCAUGUCGCCCCAUGGAGAGUCGGCCGACUCCAUUCCGGCUCCUGUUGCUCCGGCCUGCCUGCCAGCAAGGCUCUCCUGCCCCUCAUCACCACGGCCAAGCCCCGAGGUCAGAACACCCCUUGCUCCAGCCUCCCCAGAGCCUGGCGACCUCAGUUCUCCCCUCCAGCACCCCGCCCCCCAUGGAACUCAAGAGCCUCCAGGAGGUCCCCCAGCAAGCCCUUCCAGGCAUGAGCCCAGAGGACCCCAGGAGGAACCUCCAGCUUGUUCCCAGGAAGCCUCUGUGACAGCUCUGCUGGGUUCCUCAGAGGAGAAGAGGGCCAAUGAGCCGACCCUGGCCGAGGGAGGCCCUAGCACUGUGGUUCCCGACUUCCCCAGCCAGGCCGAACGGGCUUCACGAGAGACAGUCCCCACACCCUGCUCUACCCAGGGAGCCCUGGCCCAGAGGGUGCCAAGCACGGAGGUCUGCCAUGGAGGAGAUCCAGAGUCAGGGCUGAGACCCGGGGCUGAGAGUGAGGACGCGUCUGUGGAAGGACCUGGGCCUCAUCUGGUGAACUCCAUGGUGGAUCAUGGCCGCAACUCAGACCUAUCAGACAUCCAGGAGGAGGAGGAAGAGGAAGAAGAGGAGGAAGAGGAGCUGGGUUCUAGGACUUGUUCCUUCCAGAAGCAGAUUGCUGGCAACAGUAUCAGGGAGAAUGGUGCCAAGCCCCAGCCUGACCCCUUUUGUGAGACCGACAGUGAUGAGGAGAUCUUGGAGCAGAUCCUGGAGCUGCCUCUCCAGCAGUUCUGCAGUAAGAAGCUCUUUAGCAUCCCCGAGGAAGAGGAAGAGGAGGAGGAUGAAGAGAAGCCGGGGGCUGGGUAUUCUUCCCAAGCCCCGGAACCUGUGCUGCUGGGUCUGGACCGUGACAGUGAUCAACUCCAAGGACCUGGCCCGUGUCCCCUGUCUCCUGAACCCUCCAGGGCCAGGGAGCACCUGGAGGAUAUGUCUGGACUCGUUGGUGGAAACAGCCGGAGGAGAAGAAGUGGCUCCCCUGAGAAACCGCCAAGCCGCAAGCGACCUCCAGAUCCUCGUGAACAGUGCAGCCGGCUUCUCAGCAAUGGCGGGCCCCAGGCUUCUGCACGACCAGGAGCAGGCCCCGGCCCCCCACGGGAGAGGGGCAACCUCCCUGUGGUCGAGGGCACCAGGGGUGGACUAGAAGCUGGUGGGAGAGGGAGGCCCGGCCUUUCCCGGAGGUGCCCUCGUGGCCCGGCCCUAGAAUCUGGCCUAGCUAGUUGCCUCUCUCCCAAGUGCUUGGAGAUCAGCAUCGAAUAUGAUUCUGAGGAUGAGCAGGACUUGGGCAUUGGGGGUAUCAGCAUAACCAGCUCCUGCUACCCCACAGAUGGGGAGAUCUGGGGCACAGCCAUUGUAGGGAGGCCCAGGGGACCUCUGAAGGUCAACUCAGGCCCCAACCCCUACCCACGCCUCCCAGCCUGGGAGAAAGGGGAACAGGAACGGAGAGGCCGCAGUACGACUGGCAGAGCCAAGGAGUCACCCUCCCGGGCAACAGAGACUGGGGAGCCCAGAGGACAGGACAGCUCUGGGCGGAGAGGUCCCCAGAGGAAAGGGGCCCGGAUGGCCAGGCCAGUGAUCACGGAGCUGGCCCCUCCAAGGAGCCCCCCAGAAGCGCUGGCUCACCAGGACCUACCUGUGAGGGUCUUUGUGGCUCUGUUUGACUAUGACCCCGUGUCAAUGUCACCCAACCCCGAUGCUGGAGAAGAGGAACUCCCUUUCCGGGAGGGUCAGAUCCUGAAGGUAUUUGGGGACAAAGAUGCUGAUGGCUUCUACCGGGGGGAAGGUGGAGGCCGGACAGGCUACAUUCCCUGCAACAUGGUGGCUGAGGUGGCUGUGGACAGUCUGGUGGAAAGACAACAGCUGCUCCAGCAGGGCUAUUUGUCCCCGGAUGUUCUCAUCAAAGGCUCAGCCCGCACAACCGGGCCUCCUCCCAAGCCCCGCCGUUCCAAGAAAGCAGAGUCGGAAGGCCCUGCCCAGCCCUGUCAAGCAGCCCCCAAGCUGAUUCCAUCUGCCUGCCUAAAAGCUCCUCGGCCUAUGGUGGCAGCAUUUGACUACAACCCCCGGGAGAGCUCCCCCAACAUGGACGUGGAGGCAGAACUGCCCUUCAGGGCAGGGGAUGUCAUUACUGUGUUCGGGAACAUGGAUGAUGAUGGCUUCUUCUAUGGAGAACUGAAUGGACAAAGAGGCCUGGUUCCAUCUAACUUCCUGGAAGGUCCUGGGCCUGAGGCAGGAAGACCAGACCGGGACCCUGGGACAUCACAGGCUGAGAGUCAGGACUGGGACAGCACAACACAAGGGCCCCCAGUGCCCUCCGGAUGGCACUGUAGCCCCAGCCCUGGGAGUCUCCCCAAGACUGACCUGGGGGAACCACAGGGAACAGCUGAGAAGCUGCGGGGUCUCCUCUCUAAGGGGAAGCAGCUCCUGAGGAAAUUGAGCUCUGGGAAGGAGUGAAGCCGUGGCCCAUCCUGCAGGCGGACGUGGCUUCCAGCUCAUCAUCUGGGCUGGUCAGGGAGGCCCAACAGGCCCAGAGUCUUGUUUUCUGAGUGAACUCUGUGGGGCCUGGUGAAGGUGGGAACUACAUGGGUUCUUAAGGAUGAAUCUGAGCUGGGUGCUGGUGGCUCUCACCUGUAAUCUUCCUUAGGAAUAUGAGAUCUGAGGAUCAA